AUGGAAUGGUAUAUGAUACUAGCAAUUAUUAUAAUCAUUCCUUUGAUAAUUGUAUUGAUUAUAUUAAUUGUCUGUUCAUUUAUUGGUAAACGUUGUAAAAUCACAUUUGUGAAACGAACGACAAAAUCGACAAUAACUGUUAAACCAUCAGAAUCACUAAAACAAGGACGAUGUUUAUUUCAUAAAACGAAACAACCUCCGCCUCCUCCACCACCACUAGAAAAGAAGAAAACUUUUGAACUUUGUAUUGGAAUAAACAAAGAAGAUAAUAAUUCUAAUAUACAAGAACAAGAAAAGCCGUUGUUAUCGAAAAAAGAAUUGGAAAAGCAGCAAAAAUUACAAGAAAAAGAAGAAAAAGAGCAACAAAAAUUAGAAAAACAAAUACAACAAGAAAAUGAGGAAAGACUUGCUGAUAAGCAAAAACUAAUGGAAGAAAGACAACGUAUCCGUGAUCAAUUAAGAAUUAAAUAUAAUCUGCCAUCGACACCAGAAAAAGUUUAG